AUUGUUUCCGGUAAUAAAAAAAGAAAACAAAGAAAAAUUAAAACGCAACACGAGUCUGUCUCUGAAGUAUAAUGUUACCCCAGAAGAAAAUCUGAAAAUGGGAAUUACAUCAGUCUGAACUUUGAUUUUCAUUCAUUACCUUUUUUCGAAUUCGCUGGAGAAAAAGAAAACCUGAAAAUGGGAAUUACAUCAGUUAUUAAAGAUUCUUUGUUGAACAAAAAGCAAUCAAUUCUGAUUCCAACUUCUUACGAAGAACAGAGAAUUCUAAAUUCUAAAAGGUGUACUCAAGAAGGGGUUAGGGCUGGAACUAAGGCUGCUGUUAUCGCAGGUAUUGCUACUGCUGUGCCUACGUUGAUUGCUGUUCGAAAGGUUCCUUGGGCGAAAGCUAGCCUUAAUUAUACCGCUCAGGCACUUAUUAUAUCUGGAGCUUCCAUUGCUGCAUACUUUAUUACUGCAGACAAAACUAUCUUGGAGUGUGCAAGGAAAAAUAGCCGAGAACAGUAUGACAACCUGAAGAAAUAGCUUAACGCCCAGUCGAGCUAACCCCGACUCUCCUCUAUGCCUCUUAUCUUUCUCCUCCUUUUGGUAUAAGCAGUUUGGAAUAGUUUCGGGCUUUUCAUUUUGUUUUCUUUUAGCAGUUACAAGUUUUAUCCAUGUAAUGUAUAACAAAUCAGUGAAUCCUUUCAAGUUAUAAUAAAUUGUGUGCUAAGAUUAAUCCCC